AGAGUGGGAGUUGUGUUUAUCGUGAUGUUUGUACGGCUGUUGUAGCUUUGUGCUGCAGUGUGUGUGUCCUUCGUAUAGGCGUAGGUUGCCGCCCUUUAUCGGCACGUCGUGCCCGGCCAAGCCUGACCCGUGUAGGUGAGCUGUGCUCCUUACCUGACCCGUGUAGUUGUAACAAGGAUAAAAUACAAAAACAGCAAAUAAAGAAGGGACAAAGGAAAAGAAGGCCAGUGACCAUGGCGUGUGUACUGAACGGUCCCACCGCUGUGUGUGAUGUCAUUACAGAGCUAGAUACUCAGCUGGCUCUUCUCGGGCCUGGGCCCCACACCCCAAAACAGCGUGCUGACGUGUCCCGGUUGGGUGAGCUGAGGGGUAAAGCGCUCCAGAUUAUGAACCAGUUCGGAGCUUCCACACUCAUCAACCUGUCUAACUUUUCAACUCCCUCUGCCAUGUCUGCCUCAGCCACUGUGAAGCAAGAGCAAACCGUGGCCAACAGCACUGCAGGAAGCAAAGUACCUGGAACGACACCAGGAGGAGGGCGAGCAAGUCCAGAUGCCAACCAGGUAUUAACCAAGAAAAAGCUUCACGAUUUGGUCAGAGAAGUUGAUCCAAAUGAACAGUUAGAUGAGGAUGUAGAGGAGAUGCUGCUGCAGAUAGCGGAUGAUUUCAUUGAGAACGUGGUCUCUGCAGCUUGCCAGCUAGCCCGACAUCGUAGAUCAAACACAUUGGAAGUUAAAGAUGUUCAGCUUCAUCUAGAGCGACAAUGGAACAUGUGGAUCCCAGGAUUCGGAUCAGAAGAGAUUAGGCCCUAUAAGAAGGCAUGCACAACUGAGGCCCACAAACAGAGAAUGGCUCUCAUUAAGAAGACCCAGAAGAAGUAAGACCGCGUGGUUUUCUUGGUCAGCACUCCCAAGUUGACGCCAUGAUUCUGCAGUGAACCGAUGCAGAAGCCACCUCUUCAGAGAAGAGCCUCUUUUUUGGACAGAGACUGCACAUCUAGUAAUGUGGACUUGCCUUUAUUAGUCGUGCAUUACAGAACCCUCUGGCAGGGGAAGUGUUACACUGUCGUUUUCCUUUUGUAUAUAUAAAAGAAAGUGGUUUGAUUAAAGAUUGUUGUUGUAAUUCA